UCUUCAUCCCACUUCCCCUCCAUUUUUUAUUCUUUUUUCCUUUACCCCCUCGAAUACCAAACCGUACCAUACCCGCGUACAACCAACAGACUCAGAAAAUGGUGAGCAGAAAACAUCUCCCUCUUUGCGGCUCAUGUUGCCGCAAAAAAGCGGAGCGAGGGAAAGGAAGAAAAAAAGCUAACAUAGUUUAACCCCUUACAAAGGCAACAACAAAUUACAAGGAAGCCUUCGCUCUCUUCGACAAGCGUGGGAACGGACGUAUCCCCUUAAGCUCCUUAGGCGACCUUCUCAGAGCCUGUGGACAGAAUCCCACAAACGCAGAGGUUGACGAUUUAAUCCAUAACUCUGCACCCAAAGGUGACCGUAAGCACCUCCCCCUCCCCCCCUUCGAAGCUUGUAGCUAAUAUUCGGUUGAAAACUCAGUGGAUUUUGAGUCGUUCUUGAAAAUCCUGAAUCGUCCGAAUGGGUUCCGUGAUCCGGGGGAGCCGGAUGAGUUUGUCAGGGGGUUUCAAGUAUUUGAUAAGGACUGCACGGGGUAUAUUGGGGUCGGGGAGCUGCGAUACGGUAUACUUUUUUCUCCCUAGUGUUCUCUCUGUGCACUGUGAGCUGGUUGCUAAUUCGAUGGUGGAUAGUUCUUACUUCUCUUGGGGAGAAGCUCACCAAUGAUGAAGUUGAUGAGUUACUCAAGGGCAUGAACAUUCAUGGCGAUCAGGUCAACUACACUGGUAUAUAUUCCCCUCUGGAUCGGGCUCGAGCGUGUUCGAUGCUGACAUUAGAGUAGACUUCGUCAAGAUGAUUCUCGCAAAC